AUGGAUGACAAGGCCAAGAAGGCCCUUAUUGAAGAGGCCAAGCAUGCCCAAGAGGUCGCUCAAGAGGUCGCCCUAUCGGGCGCCUACAUCUAUCCUUUCAAGGGCAUAGUGUACUUCGCGUACCACAAGGACCUCUGGCGUCCGCUCCUCUCGCAGGUCGGACAAAUCAGUAGUCUCGGUUUCAGCGUGACAGGCGCCAUGUUCUUCUUCACAUACGUACCACAGGUGGCUAUCAUGUCAUUCACCAGCGGCCCCUUUGCGCCCAUUUCCGCCGCUCUGCUCAUUCUCACCGAAAGUUCCACGAUCACAAACUUUCUUGCCCGCUCUUUCCUCCUGGAAGAGGCAUUGACGGAUACCUUCGACGGCACGCUCAUUGCCUGCGGUCACGAAUCGCUUGUGGCAGAGGGUCGACAGAUCAAGCCCCAGGCGGGCAGAGAUGCCAUUGCCCGACUGGGCAAAAUGGUGAAGCGCCCUCUGGAUCGGAUGAAGCCGCAGGCGUUGCUGCAUUCGCUGAUCCUUCUACCGUUGAAUUUUAUUCCGGUGGUGGGAACUGCGUUGUACGCAUAUGCGCAGGGGAAGAAGUUAGGGCCGGUGGCUCAUACGAGGUAUUUCCAGCUGAAGGGGUGGGGUGAGAAGCAGAAGGAUGCAUGGGUGGAAAAGAACAGGGGGGCGUAUACGGGGCUCGGAAUGGCCUCGUUCUUUCUGGAAAUGAUCCCUUUCGCUUCCAUCGCUUUUUCGUUCACGAACACCGUGGGCGCGGCGCUGUGGGCGGCGGAUUUGGAAACAGCACGCAGGUAA